CCGUGUUAGCGUUCUUUGUUUUGAAAACCUCCAUCGCUUUUCUCCACACUUACGAAAGGAAUUCCUCAAAAAGUUUCAAAGAAGUCGACAUAUUAUCAAUCAAAUCACAUAAACCAACAAGUAUGAUGGAGGAUAACCACUUUACACCAUUGACGGUUGCCUCGGAUUAUUUCCAGCAGUGGUACCAGUCCAACCAGCAGCACCCUCAGGCCCAGCUCACAAUUCCAUACCAAAGUAUGGCCCAUUACACAGAAGAAUCCAGAGAGGAGCCUGUGAUGACUGAGCUAUCUGUUCACUGGGAACCACCUCAUCAUCAUGAAACUGUUUACCUGAACUGCAACCACCUUGGCCAUGAUCAAAUACUCAAGGUUCACCAAAACACCAGAAAUGAGCAGCAGCCUCAGUACAUGCAGGAGCAUCAACGACAACUUCAACCAACUUUAAAUUGUGCCUCACAACUUCAACACACUGAGACUGAACCAGUCCACUCUCUUCAAACUUGCAAUUCUGUCCCACAUCCAGCUGAGAUGGUGGUGAAAAGGAAGCGUGGACGUCCUCCAAAACAAAACGCAGAGGAGACCUUGAAACAGCAUGCUAGUCAGGAGGAACCUUCAAAGAAGGCCAGAAGGUCACUUAAUCGCUUCGGUGGAAUGUCAUUGGCAGAGGUCAUGGCCAAAACCUUGCCAGAUGUUAUUACUUACAACCUUGAUAUCCUGAUAAUUGGAAUUAAUCCAGGACUACUGUCUGCCUACAAAGGACGGCAUUACCCCAACCCAGGAAACCACUUCUGGAAGUGUUUGUUUCUCUCUGGUCUUACAAAGGAGCAACUCAAUUUCAUGCAUGACCAAACCCUUCCAGAAAAAUACAGCAUUGGUUUCACAAAUAUGGUUGAGAGAACUACACCUGGAAGCAAGGACCUCAGCAAUAAAGAGAUUCGAGAAGGAGGAAGAGACCUUCUAUGCAAGUUACAGAAGUUUAAGCCGCUGAUUGCAGCCUUUAACGGGAAAGGCAUUUAUGAAAUUUUCUGCAAAGAGAUUUUUGGUGUAAAGGCAAAGAAUUUGGAUUUCGGUUUGCAGCCCUACAAAGUUCCUGAAACUUCCACGGUUUGUUUCUUAAUGCCGUCAUCAAGCCCACGGUGUGCCCAGUUCCCACGUGCUCAGGAUAAAGUGCACUUCUACAUCAAGCUGAAGGAACUACGAGACCAAAUGAAAGGCAUUGCACCAAUUCUUGAUGUGAGAGAAACCAACUACACCUUUGAUCUCCAGCUUGCUAAAGAAGAUGCACUCAAGGUUGCAAUAAAAGAAGAGCAGAUGGAUCCGGAGUAUGAAAGUUGCAGUCAGAGUCAGCAACUCUAACUCAAUUUUAAAAAUGGACUGUCCCAGGAGGUUUGCCAGUCAUUUUUUAAAAUUGAACAGUGUAUGAUAUUUCUUGUUCUAAUGCACGGAUGUCAAACUGAAGACCAAAAGAGCUGUGUGGUUGGUUCGCUCCAAUUGAUCAGGUCUGAAGACUUUAAAGGGUUGAUUGUCAGUGCAGCUUGUUCAGUUGGAACAAACAUCUGAACCUACAUGACCCUUUCGGGAUUCAGUUUGACAGUUUUAACUGUAUUGUUCUGGGCGUUUUCUGGUUUUAUAUAUGCAAGAGUUCAAUGUUCCAAUUACCAGUUACCUUCCUGUUGUAGUAUUCUACAAAAGUUGUCAGUUGACCAUACGGGAUUGAGGACGUGCCAAAUUUAGAAAAUGCAGGAGGAGUUUCUGCAGAUUCUUAUCCUAGACAUAAAUUGUAAACAAAGGCACUCUACUGAUCCUCAUCGAUAAAAUGUGCACCAUACCUGUUUUGACUCCACCAUCUGUAGUAGAUCACAUUAUUGCUAUUAGUGUUUGGUUUUGAUUUAUGUUUGAUUUACUGUCUUCAUUUUGAGGGAUUUUUUUAUUUUUAUUUUUUUUAAUCUUUGCAUCUGUUCUUUGUAAGCUCAGACAUGUAUAGUCUCUGCGUGACAUACCAUAGAAUACAUGUCGAGUCCUUAAAUAGUAAGGCUCUGUUUUUCAUUACUAUUUUACCUCUCAGCGGAGAAGACAGACACAAGCGGCUUCCCAGGAUGCCUUAAAUCUGGCACCAGAUAGUUUUGUUAGGACGAAAAAGACCUGCGUGUGGUCUUCUUACGUCUGCCUUCGAUAUGCUACCUCAUGAAGUGCUAUAAUCCGCCUAUUUCCAGGACCUCCAAUUCUGCAUUACAACACAGAAUGGCUGCUUGGCAAAAACUGCUUGGCAACACUUAGCAAUUGGCAUAAUGGUUGUACAAUCUCACCAUUGGCCUUUACCAUGGCAAUGGAAUUCAUUUUUUUAGGUGGUUGGAGGAGAAUAUUUGAAGCAUGGGAUGUGUCUUCCCUCAAUCAGUUCAUUUAUAGAUGAUUUGAGAACCAUAACCACAACCGCAUGCAGAUCCCAGACAACUUUUGGGCCAACUCCAAAUCCCCAUUUUAGGCAGUGUCCAAGAUAAAUCAGCAAGUAGUGGUGUGAUAUUUGUACCAGUCCUACAUAGUAGAAGAAAAAAGUAGUAGUGUGCACAAAGACUUAAUUAAUAAUUUUUGUCUUUAUUGUCCAUAAAAUGUGUUGCUUUCCUGUAAGAAGAGACAUUACAGUAUCGACUAUACAAACAAAGCUCUGUUUUUUAAAUGGAUCAUUGAUUUCCCAGAUUGUGUACCGACACUAUUAACCUACUCUGUGUUUAUGUCCCAGUCGCGGUGCCAUUAAAACAUGCAUCGUCUGCUGCAGUAAUAAUGGUAGCAUCCUGAUGUAGCAAUCUGUCUGUGCAGUAAGCGUCCUUGCAGCACAUUUUUUACCGAAGAGCAGCUCAGCAAUAAUCCUGCCAGUCAUAUUACCCGUCAUGUUCAAAGUUAAUUCAUUUAUAUCAGUUAUAUUUUUCUAUCGUCAGUUCUUCGUUCAUUUAUUUUUAUUUCAGGAAUUUCUGGGCAGAAAAACAAUGUUACAACAUUAGCAACAACAAGAUGACUCGGCAUUCACUUUUUUGUAAAUUUUGCUGAAUUAAAUGUCACGAUAACAUUGAAGACAAUCCAGCAAACUCCAUCAAUGAAAAUGCUCUCAGGCCUCUCUGAGUCUGUGUCACUGUGUCACUCUCAGACUCAGCCCAUGAAUCGGUCGUCAUGAGUCUCUCAUCCACUGCUGUUCUGUUGUUUCUGUAGCUUGCUUGGUGUCCUCUAGCAAAUGCCUGUCCCUGUUGGUCUGCCAAUCUUUCAGGUGUCAGGUGUCUCUCCAGCGUCACGCUUUUCCUGGGUUGCCAUCCAGACUUCCUUGGAAGUCCCUGGUUAAACACAGUAUCAGAGUUAUUUCCCCAUGAGUACUGACCCUGAACAGGGUCAGCAUUAUAUUUAUUCAUUCACUAAUGUCCCAGACAUAUCCGUUGUUGUACGCACCCUUUGUUUUCAUAUUGUGUCACACAAACAGGUUCAGAGUUCAUUUCAUUAAACUGAGUUGAUCAUUGAUCCAGCUGUUCACCUUGUCUUCAUACUUCAGAUCCUGUCUAGCAAAAACUGUGAAUAAAAACAAAUAUUGACAAAA